AACAUGCUCUUUGAGGGCUUGGAGCUGGUGUCGGCGCUGGCCACCCUCGCCGCGUGCCUGGUGUCCGUGACGCUGCUACUGGCCGUGUCGCAGCAGCUGUGGCAGCUGCGCUGGGCUGCCACCCGCGACAAGAGCUGCAAGCUGCCCAUCCCCAAGGGUUCCAUGGGCUUCCCGCUCAUCGGAGAGACCGGCCACUGGCUGCUACAGGGUUCUGGCUUCCAGUCCUCGCGGAGGGAGAAGUACGGCAACGUGUUCAAGACGCAUUUGCUGGGGCGGCCGCUGAUACGCGUGACGGGCGCGGAAAACGUGCGCAAGAUCCUCAUGGGCGAGCACCACCUCGUGAGCACCGAGUGGCCUCGAAGCACGCGCAUGCUUCUGGGGCCCAACACGGUGGCCAACUCUAUCGGCGACAUCCACCGCAACAAACGCAAGGUCUUCUCCAAGAUCUUCAGCCAUGAGGCCCUGGAGAGCUACCUGCCCAAGAUCCAGCUGGUGAUCCAGGACACGCUGCGUGCCUGGAGCAGCCACCCCGAGGCCAUCAACGUGUACCAGGAGGCGCAGAAGCUCACCUUCCGCAUGGCCAUCCGGGUGCUGCUGGGCUUCAGCAUUCCCGAGGAAGACCUUGGGCGCCUCUUCGACGUCUACCAGCAAUUUGUGGAGAACGUCUUCUCCCUGCCUGUCGACUUGCCCUUCAGCGGCUACCGGCGGGGCAUUCAGGCUCGGCAGACCCUGCAGAAGGGGCUGGAGAAGGCCAUCCGGGAGAAGCUGCAGUGCACCCAGGGCAAGGACUACUCGGACGCGCUGGACAUCCUCAUCGAGAGCAGCAAGGAGCACGGGAAGGAGAUGACCAUGCAGGAGCUGAAGGAUGGGACCCUGGAGCUGAUCUUCGCGGCCUAUGCCACCACCGCCAGCGCCAGCACCUCACUGAUCAUGCAGCUGCUGAAGCACCCCGCCGUGCUGGAGAAGCUGCGGGAGGAGCUGCGGGCCCAGGGCAUCCUGCACAGUGGCGGCUGCCCCUGCGAGGGCACCCUGCGCCUCGACACGCUCAGCGGGCUGCGCUACCUGGACUGCGUCAUCAAGGAGGUCAUGCGCCUCUUCACACCCAUCUCCGGUGGCUACCGCACGGUGCUGCAGACCUUUGAGCUCGACGGUUUCCAGAUCCCCAAAGGCUGGAGCGUCAUGUACAGCAUCCGGGAUACCCACGACACAGCACCUGUGUUCAAAGACGUGAACGUGUUCGACCCCGACCGCUUCAGUCAGGCACGGAGCGAGGACAAGGACGGCCGCUUCCAUUACCUCCCGUUCGGUGGUGGUGUCCGGACCUGCCUGGGCAAGCACCUGGCCAAGCUCUUCCUGAAGGUGCUGGCGGUGGAGCUGGCUAGCACGAGCCGCUUCGAGCUGGCCACCCGGACCUUCCCACGCAUCACCCUGGUCCCCGUUCUGCACCCCGUGGAUGGCCUCAGCGUCAAGUUCUUUGGCCUGGACUCCAACCAGAACAAGAUCCUGCCAGAGACCGAGGCCAUGCUGAGCGCUACCGUCUAACGUGCUCCGGCCACAUCCGCCUCAGCCCAGCCCAGGCGUCGGGUGGGGGUGAGGGGAGGUAGAAACCUGUGUGUGGGAGGGGCUGAACCUGGGGAGGGUGAGCAGCCCCCCUACUUGCCCUGCCCAGCCCCCCUCCCUGGCAAACCCCGCCCAAAGCCA